ACUUUUAUGAAAGCAGCCUUUGCAAGAUAACCUCAGUGGUACAGAGUACAAAAGGGAAAACUAGUUGGACUUCUGUUUCUAACACCACGAUUUACUAGCACUUGUUGAGCUCGACAAUGACUGCAGAAAUUUGGGAUGUUAUUAUUGUCGGUGCAGGACUAUCUGGACUGAGCGCAGCUCACUUGCUGAGAAAAAGGAACGCAGAGCUGAAAAUACUGAUACUGGAAGGAAAAGAUCGUGUGGGAGGUCGCACAGUGUCCACUGAAAUACCAGCAGCCAAUGGCAUUGAUCGCUGGGACUUUGGGGGACAGUGGGUAGGAAGCACCCAAACACAUAUCAUGGAGCUCAUAAAGGAACUUGGCUUAGAGACGUUUCCCCAAUUCAACAUCGGCAAGAAGGUUCACCACAUGGGAGGGCCAGGUGCCAAAGUUCGCACCUACAGAACAAGUAUUCCUGCUUUAUCGCCGAUGGUGCUAAUGGACCUCGCCCAGCUCCUGUGGAAGAUGAACAGACUGUGUGCCACAGUAUGCGUCCAGGAUCCCUGGAAGACUCCAAAUGCCGUUGAACUGGACAGCAUGACCCUGCACUCUUACAUUCAGCAGCAUGCUUGGACUUCAGAGCUAAAGGAGGAGAUGGGUGUGUGUAGCAGAUCUGUCUUUGGCUUGGAGCCAUCGCAGAUGUCCUUCCUGUUCUUCCUCAUGUAUGCUGCAGCAGCUGGAGGGGUGCUGCCACUGCUGGAAAGCACUCCAGGUUCCGCGCAAGAGUUCAAAAUAAAGGGAGGCACCCAACAACUUUCAGAAUGUCUGGCAGAGCGCGUCGGGUGGAAGAAUGUCCGGAUGAGUUCCGCUGUGACGGCCAUAUGGCAGGAUGCUGAGUGGGCCAGGGUGACAACCUCCACCAACACCUUCUUUGGCAGAGCUGUGAUUGUCACCUGCCCCCCUCACUUGGCAGCCAAGAUCCACUACCAGCCAGCCCUUCCAAGCCAGAGAGGAUUCCUCACCCAAAACAUGCCUGUGGGCCACAUGAUAAAAUUCAUAAUUACCUACAAGACCGCUUUUUGGAAAGAGAAGGGCCUCUCUGGGGAAAUUGUGGCGGGAUCCUCCAGCGGGUGUCCAUUCUGUGUGACUUUCGAUGCCACCAGCCCUAGUGGUAAUGCUGCCUUGGUGGGCUUCAUUUCCGCCCAGCAGGCUUCUCAAUGGAGCUCAGAGGAGGGUGGGGAAAGAAGAAAAGCUGUGAUUUCCAGUCUGGUCAAAUACCUGGGUCUUGAGGCGGCAUCUUUCAUCCACUAUGAAGAAAAAGACUGGGCUAAGGAGGACUACAGUGGGGGCUGCCCUGUUAAUGUCAUGGCACCAGGCCUGCUAACAUAUUACCACCCUAGUCUGAGGAAGCCUUGUGGCAGGAUCCACUGGGCUGGCACAGAGACAGCCACCCUCUGGUGUGGGUACAUGAGUGGUGCAGUACAAGCUGGUCAGCGAGCAGCUCUGGAAGUGCUGGCUGAACUCCACCCCAUGACCCUGACCCAGGAGGAGCAGGAAGCAGUUGAGCACAGUUUAACCGUUAAGGGUGCAGUCCAGCAAACACCACCGUCUCAACCCAUGUACUUGUCCACAACCAAAGCAAUCGUCAUAGCACCACUGGCAGUAGGUGCAGUCCUCUUUCUGGCUCGGAAUCCAAAAGCAUGGCUAAUGGUCAAAAGUUUCAUGGCAAAUGCAUUUUCAACAACCACGCUUUAGAUGUCCCCAAUGUAAUCGAAUCCUGUAGAAAAAGCAUGAGGUUUUGAUUAGUUUGGUUCUGCUGGAGCUCCAGUGGAAAGUUGAUCUUAAUACUCCUAUAUCUCACGCUCUCUUUUUCUUUGCUUGGGCUGCACAAUACUGUCUAUCUAAUGUUUGUUUUUUUCCUUUACGGUUCUGCUUUUUGAAAUUUCAUAGAUAAUUUAAUAUUUUUACAUUGCAUAAUAUGACUGUUUAAUCAGUUGUUUUUCUAAAUUUUGUUUUUUAUAUAAUUAUAAUUAGUUGUACAGUUGCAAAAUAUAGAUAAGAUAAUGUAUUAAAUUUUCAUAAGAAAAGUAUGCAUACAAUAAAUACUGUUUUUAAGCACAAAUACAUUAACAACUAUUUCUUUGAAUAGAUGCUUUUAAUAGAAAUUUCCUGGCGACUUAAAUAAUUUGGUAAUGAGGAGUAAGUUUUUUUUUUAGCAACUUGAACAUUCACUUGUAGCUUAUUUGCAUUUUCAAAGUCAGAAAAUGUUGCUUGUGCUUGCAAGCUUAGGGCUUCAGAGGGAUUAUGUUGUGUUUAAACCACUUUGUAGUGGGAAAUGGAACAUUCACAUGGCAUGCAUUGCAUUGUUUACCAGAGAGCGAAUAACCGGCUUGAGGGGCUUGCAGCAGAGCCACACAUGCGCAGGUCCACCCACAGAACCACCAACAGACAUUCGAGUGGGCAAAAGAUGGAUGAACAAGUCACAAAAUGAUAACAUCCCACAAAAAGUGAUUUAAUUGCUAUCACUUGAUUGCACAAUUGAUAAUAAACGCGCACUGAUCGUCAUAGGACUGUGGUCUGCGUUUCCAUUGGUGCCAAAGCUGGCUGUUUGUCUUUGUUAUCACUUGCUUGCACUGGAUCAGCGGCCUGCUCUCCCUUGUGUCAUUAAAGCCAAUCUAGGCUGAAUCAAGACAAAGCCGCUCAACAGGAAACGUGUGAGUAUCUUUGACCAUUAGGUUCAUCUUUUUUUGGACUGACAAUUACAAUCUGCUUUCAGGUUGAGUUUCUACAAAUUGCAUGGAAGAUAUUAUGAAAGCAUCCACUUUUUUCUAUCCUUUUUGAUUCCACACUAAGGCGAAGGAUAAAGCAGAUUGUUCUGCUAUUUCAAGGACUGUUGUUGAGGUUCCGUCACAUGGUAUAAUGUAUGUCACUCCCAUCCAUACGCAUGCAUGCCUUAAUUUUACCAUCUGGGGGAAUGGCAGAUUGCAUUAUAACUCUAUUUUGUUUGAUUGUGUGACACUUAACUGAACAUUUAAUGUGUGCAUCCGCUGUCACUCUCUCUCUCGCUCUGUCGCUCAACAACACGCAUGCUGUGAACAUUGAGCUACUCUCAUUUUGAUAACAUAUGUAAACAAGGGAAUUACACUUUCACCUGGCCAAUGAGAGAAUAGGAGCACUAGGAAUCACCCAAAGCUGUGUACAGUAAAGAUGGGACCCCUCUUUGGAGAGGGAAGGAGCACUUUGGGGAACUCUCAAACUUGAGGCUGAAGAAUCUCGUUCAAUUUGCCUUGUUUAGGUCACUGAGGUAGUCUCUCUGAAGGCAAUGGGCAUUGUGGAGUUGACUUGAAUGACAUGCCUCUUCAACAUUGCAUGCAAGUCUGGGACAGUGCCUACGGAGUGGCAGACCAGGGUGGUGGUUCCUCUCUCCAAAAGGGGGCACCAGAGAGUUCAUGGAGCCAUGUGGAUCCUUGUCGUGGAACAAUGGACCAGCUCUUUGAAUUAUUUAGUAAAUAGAGGGGGCCUGGGAUUAUGCUCAUCAUGUGUUUAAUGGCCCUGGAAAAGGCCUAUGACCGGGUGCCUUGAGAGAGACUUCGGGACGUGAGUAAGGGGUGGGGGGGUCCCAUCUUGGGGCCAUCCAAGGCCUGUACCCAUGUCCUUACCCAUGUGAAGUAAUUCAAAUACUCUUAACAAGGGAGGGAAGAUCGAGUAUAUGCUUGGCUGGAGAAUUGGAGCAGUGGAGGCGGUAAUGCACUUGCACUACAGCCUGAGCCGGAAGGCAAAGCUCUCAAACCACCGGCCACUCUUUGAUGAUACCCUUACCUAUGGUCGUGAGGGAUCGGUCAUGACAGCUCAGAGACGCUAGUCCCUUACGUAAGAGGAGCCAGUUGAGGUGGUUUGGGCAUCUGGUAAGGAUGCCCCCUGGGCGCCUCCCUAGGGAGGUGUUCCAGGCAGAGCCAGCUGGGAGGAGGCCCCGGGGAAGUCCCAGGAUUGCGAGGACAGAUUAUGGCUGGAUUGGAUUCCAUGACCUCUGUAUUUAGCAAAAGAGAACCAGUGUUUGGGGAAUCUGACUCCCUAAACCAGUGUUUAGGGAAUCUGACGCUUUUGCUACGUGGUUUGCAAUGGGAGGUGCAUGUUAGUGACAUCAGUCUGCAGAAACAACAAAUUUUCCAAAGAUGGACGACAAAAAAGCGCAUCUUAGAUUCCUUCAUCCAUGUGACGUUACGGUGCUUAAUCAUGCAAACGACAUAAAACCAGGUUCCAAAUAGUACUUUAUUAAAAAGGUAUCAAUAUAAAUGGGUUCUGUUAACGGUUACUUACUACGAGGAAAGCUAAAAGGCCCUUUCUCGGCCCCACCCCGGAUAAUCGGCCGACGAUGAGGGCUUCAAUGCUUUCUUUGGAAUUUUACAUUGUUUUUUUCAUUAACACUUGUUUACAAUGCCGGACGUGACAGUUAGACCCCUAAAUCAGGAACCCGUCUGGACCUCUGUUAGAAGUGAAAAAGUAAUAAAACUUGUAUCAGCACUAUGGCCCGGUAUUGUUACAUUGAAAAAGGUGCUUACAGAACUAAGAGUUAACCUGUAGAUAACAAUUCCACCAAAGUGGGUGUGGGUAUUGCACUCAGCAUUAACCUCUGUAUCAUUGCUGUGCAGCGCAGCCGCAAUUUGCUAGCCAUUACAGACGGAAUCGAUUCACAUGAUAGGCAUCAAUAGAAGUACUGCAUUAGUAACAGUAUUCCUUCAAAGAUAAUAGUACCGCCCAAGCGGGCCAGAGAGUGCCUUAGCAAUA